GGUGGGGGCUGGGGCCACUAGAGCCGAAAUACACACGAACGAAAGUCUAUCCGAGGCGUACAUCGGUUCCGUGAAGAAAAGAAAAUUGAUCGGUGUAAAUUAAUCCAGAAAAACCGAACCCUGCCAGAUACCGAAAACUUGGGGGUAAGCAGAAUCCUGCAUCCAGCGCACCGGAAGGGACCUGAAAAGGCGUCUCGUGUACUUGACGUCCUACCUGAACAUUUUGAAGAACAUCCCAUCGUGCCGGGGUCCAAGGGAUGCUGAAGGUCUUCCGGUGACCAGUUAAUUUUCGGACUCCCCAUUCAACCAUUGUAUUCAUUCAGGCCCUGCCUCUCAAGCCACGUGUGUAGGAAAAGGACCUGCUCAGAAGAGGGGAGCUCUUCAGUAUAGAAAAAUGAAUGUAAUGAUGUGUUUAGUGUGCUUAAAUACAGUUGUUUGCCAUAGGAUGCGUUAAGAAUACAAAAGAGGGGAAUGGUGAGGGCUACGUGUAGGAGGCGUCAAGGAAAGCUUCCUAGAGAAGGUAACAGUUGAAAUUGCAGCUGGUGCGCAGGGCUACAGGAGCACUUGUCUCCCGGGUUCCCAAACAGACCAAAUCGGAGGCUCGUUGACAAAUCCAAAGGUAGAGAAUCUACUGAUGGUGAAACAAGAAAGUUUAUUUCAGAGAGGCCAGCACCGGAAGACUGCGGACUAGCUUCUCAAAGACGUCUCUAAAAUGCCAAAAAUACUUCCAGGUUUAUGAAAGCUUAGAUAUGCCAACAACAGCAAUUACAAAAAUGAUGUCAUGAUCAGAAAGGAGGCUUAUGUACACAAGAGUGUAAUGGAAGAACUGAAGAGAAUCAUUGACGACAGUGAAAUUACAAAAGAAGAUGAUGCUUUGUGGCCUCCCCCUGACAGAGUUGGCCGACAGGAACUUGAAAUUGUAAUUGGAGAUGAACACAUUUCUUUUACCACAUCAAAAAUAGGUUCUCUUAUUGAUGUAAAUCAGUCAAAGGAUCCUGAAGGCCUUCGAGUAUUUUACUACUUGGUACAGGACCUGAAAUGUUUAGUUUUUAGUCUUAUUGGAUUACAUUUCAAGAUUAAACCAAUCUAAGUUGUAUGUUUUUUAAAAGCUGUUUUUAUAUUUAAUUAAGGGAUGGGUUUGUCACUUACAAUAUUGGGAUUUUUAUAAAUGUGAAACUCUUGUUUUGUAUGCCCACUGAAAAUAAGAAAAUACAUAAACAGGCUUAAUGGUUCUUCUCACUUGGGUCCAAGUGGUUUAGAUAGUCCUCACACAUAUUAAAUUCUGUAAAUGAAAGCAACUUUUUGUUGAGAUUUUGCUCCAAUAAAACAUAUCAAAGCCUG